CCUCCAGCGCGCCUACGCGGUCCCCGCCGGAGUCGCGGCGUCCCUCCGUGCGGCCCUCACCCUUCUUCCUGACCUCGCAUUCUUCCGGCCCCAGGAUGGGCGCGCGCGCCUCGGGCUGGCCCCGGGCCCGGGCCGGGCUAUUGCUACUGCUGCCGCUGCUGCUCGGGCUGCUGGCCCCUGGCGCGCUGGGGGCGCGGGGCCGCGGUGGCACGGAGAAGAACAGCUACCGCCGCACCGUCAACACCUUCUCGCAGAGCGUCAGCAGCCUGUUCGGCGAGGACAAUGUGCGCGUUGCUCAGAAGUUCUUGACCAGGCUGACCGAGAGGUUCGUGCUGGGUGUGGAUAUGUUUCUGGAAACACUGUGGAAAAUUUGGACAGAGAUCUUGGAUGUUUUUGGACUUGACGUCUCGAACAUGUCCCAGUAUUUCAACCCCGCCUUGGUGGCCAGCAGCCCGGCCCGCGCCAUCAUGCUGGUCGGCGUCAUCCUCCUGGCCUACUGGUUCCUGUCUCUGACCUUGAGCUUCACGUUCGGCUUCCUGCACGUGGUGUUCGGCCGCUUCUUCUGGAUCGUGCGUGUCCUCCUGUUCUCCAUGUCCUGCGUGUACAUCCUGCACAAGUACGAGGGGGAGCCGGAGAGCGCGGCGCUGCCCCUGUGCUUCGUGGUGGCCGUGUACUUCAUGACCGGGCCCAUGGGCUGCUACUGGCGGGGCGGGCCCGGCGGCCCCAGCGUGGAGGAGAAGCUGGAGCACCUGGAGAACCAGGUCCGAGUCCUCAACAUCCGCCUCAGCCGCGUGCUGGAAAGCCUUGACCGCGCCAACAGCAAGUGACAACCAGCCGGCCGGCCGGGCCCCCUCACACCAGCGCCCUCUCUCAGAAAACAGAAGAGGAGGAGGAAGAAAAGGGCAGCGAACCCCAAACAAUCCUAAUAAACGUUCCUGAGCAAGGGGGUGGCGCUCUGUGAGGGUGUUUCGGGCCACGUGUACACUCCUAGGACACAUUCCGAGAGCGAGGACCCGCUCAGUGAAGUAGGACUACCUGCCAGGUGUUGUUAGUGGGAGAGAUAUUUUUUAAACAAAGGAUAUAACCCUAUUAGCUGUACAGUGAGAGAAGUUUAUCUGCAUAGAGCAUAAAGUUAAUUUUUUCAAGCACUUCAACACAUCUUUUGUAAGGUUUUUUAAUAAAGGCAGAUCUGAGUCCAGUUUCUUAAAACUUUACACAGAGGGGGAAGAAUAUGCUAAUUCGACACUUUAGAAAAGUUCAGCGUUUGUUUUCACAGUGUAGGUAUCGUCGGGGAAGGUCUGUGUGCGUUUUCCUCACGUCCCUGAAAGGUGAGUCUUUAUUUUCAUGUUGCUUUGGGUCGCUGUUGGCCGAGUCGAUGAACGUCGUCGCUUCUGAGUGUAGCCAGUUGAGCUCGAGGAUGAAACGGACUGUCUCUUGGGCGGCAGGGACCCCGGUCACAUCCCCGUCAGGUAUGUUUCCAAGUGAAGAAACCGUGAUUUGUAGAAAACCUCAGGUUUUUUCCCCUGCCUCUGUUCUUGGAUGGAUGUUAAGCCCAACAUUUUGUAAAGGAAAAACUCAAGGACCCGGGAGAGAAAUGUCUUUGGGGUUUGCUGUCAAGAGCUGCCUGGGGUGCGGGGUGCCCAGGAGCGCUCACAAAACCAGCUGUUCCCACCUGGCGUUGCCAGCAAGGCCUGUAGGGGAAGGGUCUGCGGCUCUGCAGGGCUUUUGUGUGUGUGUCUUGCUCUCUGGCUUUGGUUGACUCAGGACCUCGGAGGGCCUCGCGCUGCUUAUGAAGCAUCUCAGGAACUGUAAGCAGCAGAAACGCGCCUUUGAGAGGACGUGGAUUGUUGCUCCUGAGAUGUUCUCGUACACAUGCGAGGGGCUUCCCGGUGGCAGUCUGGCAUCCUCAUCUGAGGCAGUCUCUGCCGGGGACGAGAGGGCCAAGCAGGGCUCCGACCGGGGGCUGGUGGGAGCGCCCCCUCCUUGGACCCCCCCGCUCAAGGCGCAUUGGCUUGCCCCAGAAAAUAGGACACGGGAAGGCAGCCCGGCUGGUGCUCGAUGUAGUUUUGAAGGCUGCUAGAGGCCCCACUGUCUCCACAGCCCGCCCCAGCGCACCUCCACGCCCCGGCCGCCCCCGCCCAAGCCCCCUGCCCUGUCUGAUCGGGCAGAGCCAAGACCCUGCAGUCCAGGUGUCAUGCCGCAGAGAGCUCAGUUCCUGGCCAGCCCCAGCGCCGUGCUCCUGGGAGGUCUGAGCUGGAGAACGGAAGCAGGUGUUUCUGGGGGAUACUUAGGAAACUUCUCUUUUUAAGGUGCACACCAAGGGACCCCAACAUGCCUACACUGGUCUCACUCUUGGGCUUGCUGGGGCAGGUGUGUGUCCGUGGGCGCUUGAAACCCAGGCUUUCUGGCUGGAAGCCCAUCCAGCUUCGCCGUUUAGAUGCUUGCCGGUGAAUCUGCUUCAGCGCUGGGCACAGACGGUCUCGGGGAGGCCACCCUUGUCCUGUUUCUGUGUGUGCAUGUGGCUCGCACAGGGACUGAAACACGGCUUUGCUUGUGCUGACCGGGGGAAUUGGUGCAUCCUGCGCAAGACUUGAGUCUUAGGCUCUCGCCGGCCUGGGUGUGAUGGUCACUGCGUUCCCUGGCACGUCCUCACGGGGAAACCUGAAGGGCGCUGCGCUGGCUUGAGAUCCAGGUGGGGAAACCAUCUUAACUCUCAGAAAAUCCAGGGAGCCGCAGACCAACCACCGGCAUAACUGGAAAUCGCUGUGGAGAAUUCACACCGUUUCUACCACGUGGGCACAGUGCGAUGCUCUCCAGUGGGAGAUGUCUGUCUGUCUGUGUCAUGAGGGAGCCUGCACUGCGUUCAGAGGAUCACCUCAGGGUAGAACCUUGUUUGAAAUUCUCGGGCAAGUCCUAGAUGUUAGGUCUGAAUGAUUCUUGUUUUUUAUUUUUUUAAAGGUUUCAUUUAAUUUUAGAAAAGGGAAAAGGGAGGGAGAAAGGGAAACCUCCAUGUGCGGUUACCUCUCUCGCACCCCCUCCUGGGGACCUGGCCCGCAACCCAGGCCUGGGCCCCAACCGGUGUCUCUUUGAUCCGCAGGCCGGCGCCCAGUCCACUGAGCCACACCAGCCAGGGCUGAAUGACUUGCUUCUUAAUGCAGAAACUUGACUUUUGCUUGGGCAUAUUCCUAACCCCCACAGAGUUUGGGGGUUUUUUCUUUCUCCAUUCCAUGGGCGCUUGUAGGGCAUUUGGCCUCCCCUGCCACCCAUACCUCUUUCUUUUUUCUCUCUUUUGUAUGUGGAGAAAUGUAUUUUUGUACCAUAUCUCAUACCUUGAAGAGAAACCUUUUUUAUGUCUUCAGGGCUGUAGAAUACAUUAGUGCAACACUCCGUUAAAUGUGAUAUAAAAACAUCCUGGCGAGAACUGCUGUGGAUCUGUUCUAAGGGAGACUCAGUUUUUUUAAAUAAGCAGUGUUAACUUCCUGAUACUUCAGUAUCACAGUAAAUACCAAGAAAAGAAACUAGUCCAGAAAAGAAAAAGGACCAACUGUCUCUCAGUGCUGGAGUCACGUGGAUGUUUUGGGAUCGAUGUUCAGAAUGUUCUCUUGUUUGACAUGCUAGAACAAGACGCUUUCAGGGCGCAGAGCCUCCCCUAAAUGUAUUUCCUGACACCAGUCAGCAUUAGCUGCCCCCUGGGGUCUUCUGCUUCGUGUUUCAGGGAUACCCUGUGUCAUUUCCGGGAACGAAGCUGCAGCAACAGGAUUUCUUGAAAGCUUGUCCUGUGAAUUGUGCCGGGGUCUUAAUUUAUAAAGGUGACCACGUGAAGACACGUAGGGGUUAAUGCCCUCGAAAGGAGGUUUUUUUUCAUGCGCAGGUUCCUGAGGAUGGGGGGCGCAGCACGCCACGCAGGGCCACACACAGCCCGUCCCACGCGCGGGAGGCAGGGAGCGAGGGGGCCUGGGGGCCGUGCCAGCGCUCCCUGCUGGGCACCGGCGCAGGCCAGGGCUCAUGGUUGGGAGGCUUCGGCACGCCCACGCGGGCUGGCUUGCGGGGACCGUGCAAGCCGCUUUGGCUGUUCACCUGUCCCUGGUUCAGCAGCCUGACGGAGAGAUCAGGAAUGACAUGUCCAAUAGCCGGCACAGACUCUAAAAAUCCUACAUGGCUCCCUUCCCACGCUCCCUGCUACUUAAGAUGCUUUUGCCGAAUGCCGUCGAGCCGACUCACGGGUUGGCGCCCCGUACCUGCUUCUUGCUGGGCUUCGAAGCGGCUGACUCUCCCAGAAACCCCACUCCGGGCCACCCAGGUGUCAACCGCCUCAGCUUCAUUUUUGUAGUAGUCGAUCACUGUUCUGCAGAGUUUUUGUUUAUGGCCACCCGAGUAGUUGGAUUUUUGCGCCUCAUUUGUGAAUAACAGAAUUACAUACUUUCUGCCGGAUCUGACGCAGUCCCCUUAGAGUUAGUGUCAGGCAACCAUCGAUAGGAUGCACAACAUCUGGGACAGGCAGACUUUGGUCCGCACUUGAACUCUGCCCUCUUCCCUUUAACGAUGGCUUGGCAUGUAGCAGGCACACCAGGACCAGUUUUUCCCUUGUGGUGGCAUCAAAGCUGAUUGUCACUUGUGUCAUGUACUGAACACCUGUGGCAGCGAGGGGCGUCAGUGACCCUAUGUUCCAAUGUCUUUUUGCAGAUUUAAAGGUCUUAGUGUCAAUUUAAUAUCUGCAUGUGUGUUAAACCUCUGAGUCCUGUAAUUUAAACUGAUUCCUUGUGACGGUGAUGGUGAUCAGCACUCAGUUCAAAGCCAGCAAAGCAGCCUUCCUCCUCGUAACUGGAGAUCGCGUUUGUGAGGUACGGUGCCCAUUGUCAGCAGUGCAUUCACGAUUCAAUUCAGAUUUCGUGUACCUGGUUAUGAAUAGCAUUUAAUUUGACGCUUAAUAUAAAUCUGAUUUGAAUAUAGUGGUGCGUGUGUAUGUAUGUGUGUGGCGUGUGCAGUUUAGCCCCAUGAGCUUUGAGAAACUGAUUCUACAAAUAUCAUAUAUAGACAUAAAUGUUUAAGGCUUGUUUAUUUUUUUAUUUUUAUUUUUUUGCAAAGCGAUACAUUCCUGUUAUUUAUUGAAUAACUGGCUUUGGUGAUAUGUAGAGAUAUUUGUAGACUGAUUU